AUGAACUACACAUGUAUCUCUGAUUUCACUUAUUUAGAUUCUCCUGAAUUUGUAUCUUUGGCUUACCACAUCCUGAGCAUCUUCGAAGCUCCCAUACACUGUCUGGGAUUUUAUUGCUUUUCUCUAGAAGCUUCUGGAUACAUGCUUGGUAUAUCAACGUAUAUAAAUACACCGAUGGUGAUUCAGUGUAACAUGGAUGUUGGUUUCGGCACAUGCAUGCUCAUAUCUAUCGUUUCUAUAUUUGAAAAUCGAUUUUACAUCAUUUGCACAUUUUCCUGGAAGCAAUCCUGGAUGUUUUGGAUACGAUUCUGGCUUGGAACACAUUAUGUUGUACUACUAAUUUUGCUAUGCAUUGUUCCAUUUCUAGUACGAGACCAGGACAUUGCGCGAAGAAAUUUGUUUAAGAGACUACCAUGUUUGCCAAAAUAUCUAUACGAAGCGCCUAUAUUUGUGCUAUCCGAAGAUGUGACGUUUCAUAUGAUCUCUUCUGUUUUGGUCAUAUUAGUGUUGUGUUUUGAAACACUUACUUUUCUUAUUUUCUUAUUCUUAAAUACUGCAAAGCAGGUGAAAGAAAAGACAAUGUCGCGAAAGACAUUUCAACUUCAAAUGCGAUUUAUUAUCACUCUAUUAAUUCAAGUCAGCAUUCCAUUAAUAUGCUUCAUACUUCCACUUGGUUAUACUUUAGUUGUAGUAUUAAACACAUAUUUCAAUCAAGCAAUCAUUAACAUUUUAAUGUUAGCGAUGGCAUCUCAUGGUAUUGUGUCAACAAUUGCUAUGCUGCUGCUUCAUAAGCCUUAUCGGCAUGCAAUCAAAGAGCUUUGGCAUAAAUCGGUUAAAAACUCUGCUGAUGUAUCUGUGCAGCCAGUUGGUGGUAAUUGCGGAAGAAUCAAUUUUGUUGUUCCACGAAUAUAA